AUGAGCUCUUUCACCAACCUUCAAUUUCAGCCAGCUGAUGAAUUCAACGAUUUGAGAAAAAAGCUGGCCUUAGACAGUAAUGAAAACAAAGUGGAUGUCAGUGCUGGUGUUUACAGAGACGAAACUGGUGAAUCAUAUACAUUGCCAUCAAUAAGAGCAGCGAAAAAAAUAUUACACGAAAGUGGUAAAGGUCAUGAUUACACUUUUUGCUUAGGCUCAUCUGAUUUCCUUGAACCAGCUGCGCAAUUAGCUGUUGGGAAUGAUGCAGUGAAAAAAGGGCUAGUCUCAUCGUGUCAAACAAUUGGUGGAACAGGUGCUUGUCAUUUAGGUGCUACCUUUUUAGCUCAGUAUUGUGGAUUUGGUGAAUUUUAUUUAGGAACUCCAGCUUGGCCAAAUUAUUUUCCUCUGUUGAAACAAGUUGGUGGUUCAGUUCAUACUUUUGACUAUUAUGAUUCUGAAAACAAAAGUGUUGAUUUCAAAGUUUUAAUGCAAACUUUAGAGAAUGCACCACAAUAUUCUGUUUUCAUUUUACAAUUAUGUUGCCAUAACCCAACAGCCUCUGAUUUAUCAAUUGAACAAUGGAAAAAAGUUGGUGAAAUCAUGAAAGCAAAAUCACUUAUUGCGUUUAUUGACGCAGCUUACCAAGGUUUUGCUUCAGGAUCAAUUGAGAAAGAUGGUGAACCUAUAAGAAUCUUCAUUGAACUUGGUGUGGAAGUGCUAGUUGCGCAGUCAUUCUCAAAGAAUCUUGGUCUUUAUGGGGAAAGGGUUGGAUGUUUACAUGUUGUUUCUACAGACCCUAUGGUUACACCAGUCAUUACUGAUCAGUUAAGGUAUAUUUUGAGAGCUGAAGCUUCAAGCUCACCAGCAUUUGGAUCUAGGUUAGUCUCAAUAAUCGCCAACAGUGACGAUCUAUCAGCUCAAUGGGGAACGGAUGUUGCUGAAAUCUCAAAGAGACUACAGACACUAAGAGCCAAAGUUUAUGACCUGUUGACAGAGAAAUAUCAAACUCCUGGCUCAUGGGAUCAUGUGAAAUCACAAAGAGGUUUAUUUUGGUAUAGUGGUCUUACACAGGAACAAGCUGAGAAAUUGAUCAACGUGUAUCAUAUAUACCUUACAAAAGGUGGUCGUAUUAAUAUUGCUGGUUUAAAUGAGAAAAACAUUGAUUAUUUUUGUUCUUCACUAGACAAAGUUGUUAGAUCUGUUCCUUAG